AAGAAAAUAAGGCGAGGAAACUGAGGGAGGACAGAAGCAAAAAGACCAGAGUUCCUGUCACCAUCAUCUGCCGACACUUAAACUGCCUUAUUUUUUACAAUAUGCUUUUGCUGAACUGGUCACCUCAACCUAUUCCUUUCCAUUCCGCUUCUCUCCUUACAGCCUUGCCACAUGUGAAAGUCACAAGCCAAGCCAUAGAAAAUCAGGGUAUCAGGAGUCCUUAAGAAAUACUUGCAGAGUGCUUUCUCUUGGCUUUAUGCUGUCUGGGCCUGUUAAUUUCCACUGUAAUUCUGAGGACUAGGAAAAAAAACCCUGAAAUUCUCAGGCUGAUCUUCCCACCUGUUACAAGGACUGAGGAAACAUGCUGCCAUGGGCAAGAGCUUAUCAACUCCCAACAUGACACCAUCCCAAGAGCUAAGGAACAGGGAAUCAGAGAGGAGCUGAGGUGGGAGGUGAAGGUUUCUUCUGAACAAAGCAGCGUGCAGUGUUAAGCCACCUUAAAUCAAUAGCAAAGACGAAGUCACCAGCAAAUUUCUCAUCUCAGAAUAAAGAAAUUUUAGAAAUCACUGGAAUGGCUGUCGGAACAUGAGGACUGCCAGAAGGCCAGAGAUUAAAAGAACGCAGUAUGGAGCAGGCAUGAGCUCUGAGUGAGCUUUUCCUUUUUUCCAGCCAGUCGCAACUGCACAGUGCCUGUUUUUAAUUCUCAAGCUGCCUGUCAAAACACAAGUGAAAUGCUGAAAGCAUGAGAGAUUCGUUUCACAGCAGAUCAACAGAGAGAGCCAACACAGGUCAGCACAAAGCCUUGAAGAUCAGACUGUUUUGUGUGCUGAGUUCGCCUGUUUCCAGCAAAUCUUGUUCAAAGGAUCUGGAUCCUCUGCAUCAUUCCCAAGCCUUUGCAACUGCAGCGGAGAUGUGUCACAGAUUGGACUGACAGCUGAGGGUAGCCUGAGAUCUUCAGUCAAUCCAUAAGUGAGAUGCAACGUACUUGGCAAAAGCACUGACAGGAGGCAGUGACUUGAUGAGGAUUCAAGUGAAAUCUUCACUGAUUCAGAGGAGCAAGUGGACAUGCUACAAAAGGCUUCUGGUAGUGUCCUGAGCAGACGUGUGCUUACAGAUGUGCUUCAUCUUCUCUCCAAUGGAUGGGAAGACUACAAGCAGAUGACUGAUGAGAGUUAAAAACAACUGAGGCAAAGUUACCAUGAAGGGCUCGAACAAGGCACUAGGACCUAGGAGGAGUCUCAUCCACCCUGGCAGGAAUUUCUUGCUUGGAGCUCAGACAACAAAGGCAGAGUGAGCCUGGUUUUCUUUCUCUCAGCAUCUCCACCCUGUGCGCUGCAAACCGCUUCAGAUCUUUAGGGCUCACCGAACUAUGGAACUUGAUUUUGGACACUUUGACGAAAGAGACAAGGCGUCCAGAAACAUGCGAGGCUCCCGCAUGAACGGCUUGCCCAGCCCCACUCACAGCGCCCACUGCAGCUUCUACAGGACCCGCACCUUGCAGGCGCUGAGCAACGAGAAGAAAGCCAAGAAGGUGCGUUUCUAUCGCAACGGGGACCGCUACUUCAAGGGGAUAGUAUACGCCGUGUCCUCCGACCGCUUCCGGAGUUUCGAUGCUCUCCUGGCUGACCUGACCCGGUCCCUGUCCGACAACAUUAACCUGCCUCAGGGAGUGCGGUACAUAUACACCAUCGAUGGCUCGCGCAAGAUCGGGAGCAUGGACGAACUGGAGGAAGGGGAGAGUUACGUCUGCUCAUCUGACAACUUCUUCAAGAAGGUGGAAUACACCAAGAAUGUCAACCCCAACUGGUCUGUCAACGUGAAGACAUCUGCCAACCAGAAAGCACCUCAGUCUCUGGCCAGCAGCAACAGUGCUCAGGCAAAGGAGAACAAAGAUUUUGUGCGCCCCAAGCUGGUAACCAUCAUCCGUAGCGGGGUGAAGCCCCGAAAGGCAGUCCGUGUGCUCUUGAACAAGAAGACUGCCCAUUCGUUUGAGCAAGUUCUCACUGACAUCACUGAAGCUAUAAAGCUGGAGACUGGAGUGGUCAAAAAGCUGUAUACUCUGGAUGGGAAACAGGUGACCUGUCUCCAUGAUUUCUUUGGGGAUGAUGAUGUGUUUAUCGCCUGUGGUCCAGAAAAAUUCCGCUAUGCACAGGAUGACUUUUCUCUGGAUGAAAGCGAGUGCCGGGUGAUGAAAGGGAGCCCUGCGGCCGCCACAGGCAGCAAGUCUUCUCCCACCCCUCAGAAGAGCUCAGCAAAGAGUCCAGCCCCCAUGCGCCGGAGCAAGUCUCCAGCCGAUUCAGGUAACCAUCAAGACGCAAAUGGGACCUCAAGCAGUCAGCUGUCUACACCCAAAUCCAAGCAGUCUCCGAUCUCCACACCCACCAGCCCAGGGAGCCUCCGUAAGCACAAGGACUUGUAUCUGCCUCUGUCUUUGGAUGACUCUGAUUCCCUGGGAGAUUCCAUGUAAAGUGACACGAAGCUCCAUAUUGCAAGCUAUGGUUAAGAUACAGUAGAGUACUUCUGCCAAAAGAAGCAGAUAGGUGACUGGUGCUUUCAGAUCAGACAAAGGACACACAGUUAUAUGUCAUUUUUUUUCUGUGAUUUAUCCUCUGUGCCACAAAACAACACCUAUCAAUCUAUAGAGAUAGAGGGAUACCAUUCUCCUAAGUAAAGUUAUAGGGAUGCAAAAUGGACAUUGCCAGCAGUUUUAGGCCAGUGUGCCAAUGAUCCUGUGCAUUUCUCAUUUUCUUCUAUUAUUUCUUCUUCUGCUGCAACUACAUGCUUUUCCCAGUGAUAGUAAAAUAGCUCCCCCGGAAGAGUGCAAAUCACUCUCUUGCUGACCAAUUUGCAAACUCAAGCAGAGCAAAUGAUAUUCUUCACCUAUCCAAACUGCCAGUGUUUGCUAGCAGACCUCCUUCACAUUUGCACCCCUGACUGUAGCACCUGCAUGCCAACUAGUAGUGUUUUUGUUACUGUACUGGAGGGCAGAGAGGGAAAUCACUUACUAGUUUGAUGCUUACUAUGCCAGCAGACUGUGCCAGCAGAAAUUUGGAAAAGAUUGGGAAUGGUUGCAUGAGAUACUAAUUAAAGUGUGUACAAUAGUGCUUCUUGCAAUAUUCAAAUACUGGAAUAUGUUAUAGUGAUUAAGAAAAACAAAAAGUAAGUCAGCUGAGUUGUCUAGAGUGCAACAGCUUUCACAUAUGAUCCAAAGAUACUGCUGGCUGAUAACAAAUUUUUAUACCUACUGUAUGGUAUCUCUCUAUCUCUGCUUACAAUAGUAAUGCCUUGUAAACAGCCAACACUGAAAACACUGUGAAAAUUUGUUUUCAGGUCUGACACCCUAUAGGUCGCUUUUUAUAGCAAAAAAUCAAUACACUUUUUAUAAAGGAAAGCCUUGUAUCUGUGUUUUGGGAGUAAGAAUUCAAGCUCCUUCUUUUUUAUAAAAGCUGGUAAUUUUCUUUUGUUUAAAAAACACAUUCAGAAAAAUGUACAAAAAAAACCAACCAACAACUGCAGAACAGUAACAACAACUCAAUUUAGCUAUCUUGCCAUCACUGCCAAAACAGACGCUUGUAGGGAAAAAAAAGAGAAUCAAUUCAAAAUAUUGAAUGUUUUGAUAGUUUUUGUAAUGUUUAAGACUGCAUAUUUGGUUUUUUACACUUCAGUAUUCCUAACUAUGGCCAGAUUCUCUACUUAUGUAACAAAUGGAACUUUGUGGUGUUCAAAAAACCAUGUUUUAAGAAACUCUUCUAUCAGACAAAAACAAACUUAAUGUAUUUAGAUAAACCUUUCACUUUUAUUAAUCAGUAAUGACUCCUACGGAAUGCAAAGUUCAUCUAUUUAUGCAGGGCUGGUGGGUUUUACUACGCUGAAGCUUUGUCAUAGGCUAGUUGGCAUUGCCUCUCUUUCUCAUGCAAUACGCUUUCGAUGAAACUGAGUAUUACGGAACUUCACCUGAAUGAAAUCCGUGCAAUCAAACCUUUCCUUGUUGCUCUAUUUGCCUUUGUUUCAAAGUAUAUACCUAUUCCUUAUUCUUUUGCAACCCCUUGUAAUUAGAAGGAAUUAUAAAGUGGUGAUGUUUGACGGUACGUUGAACGCUGGGUUGUUCCCGAAGCCACUCCACAUUUUGUUUGCUUGCAUCACUGGUAUGAAACAAUCUGUGCAGGCUGCGUCUUCAAAGGUUCAUGUGAUGAUACAGACAGUGCAACUUAAAAAAAAAAAAAAAAAAAGCUGCAUCUGAGAGACAGGAUUGGGAAUUACUGAGGGGCCAAAGCUGUUAUGCACCAGAUUUGUACCCUGUAGUCUUCGCGCAUGAUCAUUUACACCCAGAAUUUUGCACAAGAAAUCAUUGGUGCCCACAAACAACUUUGAGUAACUCUCCAAACAACUUUGAGUAACUCUCCGACUAUGUGACUGCUAAAUGAUGUCUGACAUAUUGUAAAUAGACACCCAACUUCAGUUCAGAAGGAUAAGGACUCAUAUUGUUACUUUGUGGAGGAAAGGAUGGUCCUCUGGAUGCAGCAUAGUUGCAGUAGUCAGGACACCUUCAUUGGCUCUUGGCACCGCUAGAUUUGGUGUCUGAAUUCGAGCAGGUCUCUUGGUAACCCUGUGCCUCAAUGCGUUAUCUGUGUGAUGGGGAUAAUACUGCUCUACCUCACUGGGGGUUGUGAGGCCAAAUGUUUGUUAACGUUUGUAAAGUGCUUUCAGAUCGUCUAAUAGAAGGUGCUGAACUAUUCUGGGUGCAGAUUUGGUUAUGGGUGCUAAUUUUUGGCUGUUUAAUCCUGUGGGUGCUACUGUAGAGGGAGUAAGGAUGUCAAAGACCAUUAACUGGUUUUGCCGAAAAUAUUAUUCAUUAGAGCUUUUGUCUCAGUAAAAACUUUAGUGGAACGGAUAAUGUGAAAUGCCUUUACUCUCGCCUCUGUUCUGUUGCUGGAAAUCUGAGUCCCUCCCCAGAUUUCUGCCUUUCCAUGGCCCUUGACUAAUAGUCAUGGCCCUGCCUGUUAGAAAUGAUGGACUUGGACUCCAGUCAAAGGUGGUGUCACUUCAGUGAGAGGCCAUUUCGCUCACAGCCAGGGUUAGUGUAUCCUGCCACCCUCUCUGCUAACCCAGGAGAGCAGCCAGGAAAUCACAUCUAGCUUCUGCUGCCCUUCAGUGCAGGACACACCACAGAGCCACCAGGCAAAUCUAAAUCUUUGUUAUCUCUGAGCAGACUGAAGGGCUAGAGGUGACAGCAGUAUGAAAGGAGUCUGAGAUGUACUGUCCUCCAGCAUCCAUCAGUUCAGUUUGGAAAGGGUAAAGCAGGAUAGCAGAGGGUGAAUGGACCUGUGGAUGCACUAUGGAUAGUUGUUACCGUUGCUGAGAGGUGGUUACUUUCCUUCCUGCCAUGAAUGGUGUCUGGUUAUUUAAAGAUGCUCUUCCUGGUGGAGUGUGCUAAGGAAUCACUGAGGGGGUCUUCCUGAGCUGCAUCUAAUACCAGAUCCUGCAAAUGCUCCCUUGGGAGUGGAGUUUUGUUUGCAUAGGGUCAUCCUGAGGUGGGUCUGAGCCCAGCAAAUCUUUUGGGGUGUUAGCAAGGGAACCUGAAGAGGCCUAAAAGAAGAAAAAAGUUCUUCAGUGGGGAAAAACAACCAUUCAAACCAGCAAAAGCCACAAAGAAAACAGGGUAUGAGGUCAAACUACCAAGUUUUAGAACGCAAUUUUCUAGGUAGAAAUGCCUGGGCAGUAGGUAGAAGUUGGUGAGCAUUUCAGCCGUAACAUAUAGGUAAGUCUCUAUUAUCUGCUCAUGAUAUUGCAUGAGUUUGUGUACAGAAAUGCAUGUGUAAGGUAGCGUACAGGCAGCAGUAGGUAUCUUUGGCUUUGUAGGAUCAUGGAUUUGAAUACGAAGAGAAAAAACACACAGGCAUCAUACCUUAGUCAUUUAAAUAUAGGGACAGCCCUGAUUCAGGAAAGAACUUAAGCACAUGCUUAACUUGUAGCGUGUGCUUUUCUCCUGCUGAUUUUUCAUGAGAGGUAGGCUUGGGCUUGGUCAGAAUGCUUUCCUGAACUGGAAUGAAUUAGGAAUUGCUUUUAAUAUACUGUAAUAAUUCCACACCCUAUGAGUUCCUGGAGCAGAUGAUAGUAACUCCACUAUAUACUCCAGAGUUUACUUUUUAUAUUUUUUCUACUUUUAUAAGCACAUAAAACAUCACAGGAUAUGAGGAUUUGCCAUAUUAAUUCUGCUAUAAAAGCCCUAUCUAAUUUCCCUCAUGAGGCUGCCUUUAGUGUUUUCAGAGACUAACUGAAUCACUAAGACUAUAUUGCUUUAAAACAGUGCAGUAUUUAAAAACAAAUUGGAGAGGCUCUUAAACUAGUAGAGCUUUAUUUCUUAGAAAUAUGCCUUUAUUUACUCAGCACCUCAUAUAUUUUAGUGAUUUUGCAUAUAAAACAGUUAAAAUACUUAUUUCAGAUACGUAACCCUCAAAGCAUAGAGAGACUUAUGUAUUUGGUAUUCGUAUUCAUACCUUGCAGUGAUAGUCUUGACUGUGGAAGAUCAGGGCCAUACAGCAAAAUUCUUGAGCCUUGGCAUUUUUGUCACCUUUUAAAGCAUUUAUAUCCUGAAGUUUCUAGGUUAAAGUGUCAUCUAGUAAAAAUUAUGGAGCUACUUCAGGUCCACCAGCUUACUAGCUAACCAAGUCUCUGCUCCUUGAAAUAAUUUCAAAAGAAUUUGGUAACUGAAUUUUAACUUGGUCCACUCUGCAGUGGGAGAUGAAGAUGGCUUUGCCUGCCAUUGUCUGUGUUUCCCAUAUCUGCAUAUCAUUCAUGGUCUUCGCAGGAGCCAUUCAUGGUCUUCUCAGGAGCUGGCAGCACUAACUGUUAUUUUCAUAGACACCAGAAAACAACUACCACAUCGCUCUUUCACAUUUAGCUAACACAUAUAUGUACAUGCAAACAAUCACAUCCUGAAUCUAGCUGUUAUUUCUCUCUCAUUUCCUUGAAUAGUGCUUUUGAAGCAAAAAAAGGGAGGUAGGAUCAAAAUAAUCAUGACAAACAGCAAAAGAGUGUUAUACCCAUGGGUUUUUAAUAGGAAACAGUAGUAUAAGUGUUAGUUUCCUUUUAUCCGUAUAACACUGAUGAUGUUUUCUAGGAUGUCUUGCGUUUGCUUUUUCAUGCCUUUCAUGCUCAGUGCUGGUCUUACUGCUAAAUCACAGAAUACCUCCCAAAAUUGCUCCAUAAGACCAUGCUGUAUCCUUAAUGAGAUGCUCUUCCAGCGACAGCCAUCCCUGGAAGCUGAAUGCUCUCUGCAGGGGCGCAAUGUGGACAUUUUAAUAUGAGUCUCCUUUAUUGCAGUAAGAGCACAGGGAGGAUUUUGCCAUUGACCUCAGUGGUACCCCACAUCCACUCAGGUCAGUUGGAGAGCUGUCUUUGACUACAGUAGAGGCAGAAUCAUUUUUAGAGAAUGGAAUUAAAAAUAGGCAAGUAAAGUAGAGACAAAAGUAGUCUAGAAAGUGUAUCCUUAAGCUAGGACAAUCUCCAACCAGAGAAAAGCAAUGUAGAUCUGAAUCUCAUUUAGUCUUACCACACUCAGAGUGCUGAUCAACCAAGAAAACAGUGUCUUUUCUCUAGUGGCGAUUUACUUAGGCUCAAAGUUAUUCUUCUGGUUGCUGAUGGAAGCAGGCUGGAACAGGCAUUGGGACUGGUGAGGUUGUUUGUGCAAGAAGAUGGAUGACACGGGAUGUAGAUCUUUUCCUCUCUAGGUAAAGAGUGAACUCAGACCGUGCAACAGGAUUAGUACUUUAUACCUGACUUUAUACAUGAUAACCUAGAAGGGAUCCAGCUGAAACACGACCCUGGUGUAGUGAGACCAAGUAGGUUAACUCUUUAAGUGCCUUCCAACUUCCAGUGCUUUGGGCUUCAGAAGCAAGACGACAGAAGUGCCCAACAAGGCCUUAGUAAAAGUGACCUUGACUAAAGUGGACAGGACAGACUUCUUGAUUCUUGAGCCUCUUCAGAUGAUUAGCUCAUCUCACAUUUAUAGAACCAGCUCUUGGAAAUGACUGUAUUUGAUGUGGUCAUGACCACAGGUUCCUUCUGGCUGAUGUCUCUGUCCCAUCUGUAUGAAUCUGAGCAGGCCUCUCCAUGGUAUCUCAGGAAAUGUUAAAGCUGAGUCUUGUGGCUCACAGUGCAGCCAGUCCAUGUUGACUGAUGGGGCUGGGCUGGGUUCUGCUGCAUAGGUUAUUGAUCCUGUUGUUUAGGUCAUCUUAACUCUCCUUUUUCUCCUGCUUUGAGGUCUGGUAUCUCUCCUUCCAGGUGCCUCCAGCUGAAAGGCUGGGGCCAGCAGCCUGAAUAGACUCUGGGGGAUUUUUUCCCCCUCUGGAAAAGAUCUGGCUAUGUGAUGUGUGACUACAGGUCUGGGGCCAAGCUGACAAAAUGCCAAGUGUUAAUAAGGAGAUGGAAGAUGCUCAGAGAGAUUACGAGUGGGUGGAAAGAAAGGGUUUUUUUCAGCAAUUCCAUUGUCUAGCCGCUCUCUACAGAUUCCCAGCUGUAGGGCAGUGCAAGAGUACUGCUUCUGCAGGUGAAGUCGUAGAGGGUUGGAGUCAUAGACCACUUUCCAUCCUUCAGGACACUUUGUUUAGAGAAGGUUAAAAACACUGACACCAAGUUUCAGCCAAUAGAUAAGCUUGUGGUAAAUGAGAAUCAGACCUAGUGGAGGCAGCAGUAGGACCUCGACGUCACUGGUUCUUUGGCCUGCUGCAUGACCAUGGGCAGAUUAGUUCUCCUUGUGCCAUGUGUCCUGAUGCAUCAAAAGCGGAUCAUAAUACUUGACUUCUCUCUAUAGGGUGCUUUGAGAUCUGCUGACACAAACAGCUACAGAAGAGCUCUUAAGAUAUAUAUGUAGCUCUUAAGAUUUAUUGAUUACUUAGCAAAGUCUGAAAACCAUGUAGAGGCAAACUACAGCCCACUGGUUUUUGGCAAGUCUUUUCGGGAACUUUGGCUCUCUCAAAUGCUGAGCAGUUCAAAUGCUGGGUAGGAACUCUUAUUAUUUCAUUAAUGAUGAAAUUCAGUCACACCAUUUUUUGUUCCCCCCAAACGCGCAGAGGAGCCAGCAGUGGCCUGAGAGCAAGGCCACAUCCAUAUGCAAUAGCCAAAUGCUCUCAUCUGGAACUAAAGUGGCCACUUUAGUGGCC